AUGGAUUUCUUCGCAGGGAAGUACCCGAGCUCUGCCUGCCAGGCUGCGGCGUCUCCGCCUGUCUGUCCCCACACCUUUCCCCUCGUUGACGGCUUCACUGGCGAGGUCUACACGAUCGACCUCCGCCACCCUCUCCUCUCUUCUCCUCACUCUCGCUCCUCAUCGGCGCCGGAGAGUCCGCCAGGCGCGCGUCCUACGUGGCUGUCCCUCCAGCACUUUCUGACUCGCCACGUCAUCCCGGCUCUUCCCUCUCCGGGUGUCUCCACUCGCAGCGGGUCUUUCGGCAAACUUUCUGCGGAAAACGCUGCGUCGACUGCGUGCCUGUCGCCUCUUCCCUCAUCCCCUCGCUGGUAUUCCGGGCCGGCGGACAAAGGGGAGAGCGGCAGGGCCGUCAGCCCCGUCCCCCCGAGUCCUCACGCCCCCGCCUCGGGUCUCGCCUCUUGGUUCGCUUCGGGUGGUCAAGGCGGAGCAAGCUCACGGAAGGGCGCGGCAGCCGACGCAGGCGCCGACGUUCUUUUUCCAGAAGGAAGCGUCGUCCUGAUCCUAGAACGGACCUCGACGUCCCUCGCCUUCGAAGUGAACAGACAUCGAGACAGCUCCCCACACCCGUCGGGCGCGUGUCUUCAGCCUGGCGAGCCGGGUCCGAUUUUCUGUUACCGCCUAGAUCUCCUUUUCUCGCCUCUCGAUGCGGCACUUGUCAGGCCUGUUGACGCGCCGCGAGAAGGCGACACUACGUGCGCCGGUGCCGAGAAGCCUGAUGCACUUUCUGCUUUUGCGGCGGCGCGACAGGGACAGACAGAUGGUCUCGACGGGGCGAACGCAGCCACCCCUUUCGCUCCGGCCUCCACCCACCUCCACACCUACCAUGCGCAAUCCCUGUUGACGGAGCCUGGUUCGGUGUCUGAGCACCGCGGGUGGGGGUCGAGGCUCGGCCGGGCCGUCCCCUUCCCGCUCCCGUAUGCGUCGCCUUCCCUCGAGAAACGGCUGUCGAGUGCCGAGCAGCGAGCGGUCCAAACGGCCUCUGCGCUCUGCACCGACAGCGGGCUGCAGCACUUCGCCGCGAGUGUACGUACAGCUGCCCAGCUGCUGGCGGCGGGCCGCGCGCGGGCGCAGGCGGCCGCCGCCCUGCUUCGACGUCUUCCGCUGCAGAGACAGUCUGCCCUCGUGGUCCAGGGGAAUCUGGAGAGACACCUGGACGUCGCGUCGCGCUGGCUGUCGACUCUGAGCUCGCGCCUCGCAGAGGACCGCCGUCUCCAGCAGCCGCUCUUCGACGGCCUCCCGUCCCUGUUUGCGCUCUUUGCGUCAUGCAUCCUUCCCCGCAGUUUGCAUGCCCAGGCCGGCGACUGCUCGGCACUUGGGUGCGACGACUCUCAGCAGAACCCCGCCUUCUCCGCGUCUGCGCCUUCCUUCGCCCCGGCGCCCUCCACGCUCGGAGACGCGCUGGACCUGGCGACGAUCGAACGGCACGUGGCCGGCCUCGAGGCCCAGCGGGAGCAGAUGUACGUACAGCUGAAAGAGCUGGAGAGGCGAUGCAGCGAGGCGUGCGAGGCAGCGUCCGCCGCAGGACGUCGGGCGGUGACUGUGGCCGAGCGUGGCGGUGCGAUCGAGGAAGAAAGCCGGCGGAUCGAAGCAGCCGGACAAGAACAAGAAAUGCUGUUCCAUCGCGUCCUCGAGGCGCUGCCCCCGCCUCCGAUUGCGUACUCGCAGUACUCUCCCGAUCAGCUCCACGAGCGCCAGCGACGGCAGUCGGCCGCUUUGCAAGAGCUGCGCCGAGUCGCCGAAGAACAGGCCGCGAGUGAAGAGCGCGUGGCGCGUCUGUGGGCACGGAGAGGGGACGAGUUCCUCUCGGCUUUGCGUCGCUCCUUCCAAGGGAAAAUCGAAGUGAAACACCACCGCGACGUCGGGUUGCUGCUCAACGAGGCUUCCCAACGGGUGGCCAUUUCCGUUCUCCAACUCGGGCGUCUGUACGCAGUCCCGCGCGCCUGUGCCCUGGCGGUCCAGGAGUGCCAGCGUCGGCGGCGGUUCAGGUGUGCGUACACCGCAGCGGCGAGGGCAGCUCAGGAGCAGCUGGAUCGGGCGCGGAGCGGCGAGGAAGCUGCGCGCUUGCACUUUUUGGAAACGUGUGGCCACGCACUUCCCGUGUCGCUCUUUGAGCCUCUCAGGGAGUGUGACGUCCCGCGGGUGUACGUACAGGGCCCGGCGGACUUUGACCAGAAUCUGGCGAGUCUCCUGAAUCUCGACUUCUCUUCUUUUCCCCCAGACGGAAACAAGGUUGCAGGUGGCGAAGCAGCCAUCUCGACGCGCGUGCGGGAAGCGGAAGGAGAAAAUUUUGGCGACGCUCCGGAUGGCGCGCGCCCCACGGACGCCUGCGCAGUCCAGUCUCUCUGGGUCUCCGAGGCACCGCAAGAGCGGCGACCAGGGAAGGACCCGCGAUCCGUGUGGGGAGAAAGAGACACCAACCCCUCGCAUCGGUCUCUCUCUCCCUCGAGGCGUAUCCGCGAAGAACUGGCGGAGAAGCAGGAACAGGAAUUCGAGCAGAAGCUGAUCCAAGCCUCGCUCUCAGACGCGUCUGCAGCCGCGACUCUGGCGGCUGAGAGGCUUCGCUCGGAAAUUAUGAGGCGAGGCGGCGAGGAGGCAAAGAGACAGUUUGCAGACGCGCAAGCAUCAAAAUUGGGCUCGCUGUCGAGCUGCUGGUCAGGCGCGCAGGAGGCCGCGGGCGACUCCCGGCUGGCGAGCAAAGCCGAGAAGCAAGCGCGCGCCCCGUUUGCGAGUGGAGCGGAGACGGAGCUCGGAGACAAAAGGCGUCUUCACGAAGAAACGGCUGCUGUCCAGCCAGCGUGGGCGGCACACCCAGUGGUAGAGGAGAAGGACCAACUUGUGGAGUCAGACUCGCGGGGUGUCCGUACACCGCAGACAGAGGGCCAUCCGUUCGUAAGCGGCUCCAGAGCGGAGGCGGUACAUGAGGAAGACGGACACAGCAAGGGCCGCCUGACAUCUGUUCCCGACAGCCGCGAGCACGAGACUGACCACGCAGAAGGGAGACGCCAACUCGGGUCUGUGUUGGAAUCAGAAAUCGUCUCUCGCAAUGCAUCCGCAACUGAGGGGUUUGUCCAGCGACUCGACAUAGAUCCCGCGUUCCGAAAGUUCGAGGUCGGUGACGGCCAGCACGCGCUCCGUCGUCUCGAGUCGCUUCUGAAUGAGAAGGGAGGUGAAAUCGAAGAAGAGCGAGGACGCGCAGCAAGCCAGCACUCGCCGGGUUUAAGAGAUGCUGCGCCUGUUGCGUCAUCUUCUCCACCCUGGGGAGGGUCCAUGAAUGGCGUCCAUGCCAGCAGCAAAGAGGAAUCUGAGUCUCUCGGUUUCAGUGCUCUCUGCACACAACACGGCGAGAUCUCCACUGGCAGGACAGAGGUGUCAUGUAGAGAUGGAGCGAGUCCGUUUCCUUCCUCUUCAUCAUCAUCUUCUUCUUCCAUUUCGUCGUCGUCCUCCUCUUCCUCGUGCCCGACUUCCUCUUCCUCGUGCCCGACUUCCUCUUCCUCGUGCGCGACUUCCUCUUUCUCGUGCCCGACUUCCUCUUCCUCGUGCCCGACUUCCUCUUCCUCUUCUCCCUUUCCCUCCUCGUCCUCGGUUUCGUCUUCGGCUUCUUCCUCUUUUUCCUCUUCUUCCUCAGCUUCUUUCACGCGUUCCUCUCCGUCUUCUUCCUCGGCAUUGGGGUUUGCUCCAUCGAGCGUAGAGGAACCGCGACGGAAAGGCGAGCAACAAGAACAGAGAAGUCGAGACGAGGCUGGAGGAGAACGGUUCGAAGAGCAAGCAAGACGAAGCGUGGAAGAAGGGAAAGAAGGUGGAGGGAGGCCCGAGGCCGAAUGUGAAGAAUUCCAUUUCCUCGCUCCAGUUGAUCCCGGCAUCUCGUCGCGCGGCGAGUCUGAGGUGCACACUGUCAGUGACGCUGCAAAGGCGACCAAGAUGGCAACGGUUCUCAGUGGAAACGACGAGGCUGAGAAUGCUGGAGAUCCCUCGACUUCUUCUGCCCCUGUGUUGAGAGAAACGACGCUGGAGAAUGUGAAGGACGAGACGCCGGCGAAGCUGGAGAAUGUGAAGGACGAGACACCGGCGAAGCUGGAGAAUGUGAGGGACGAGACACCGGCGAAGCUGGAGAAUGUGAAGGACGAGACGCCGGCGACGCUGGAGAAUGUGAAGGACGAGACACCGGCGAAGCUGGAGAAUGUGAAGGACGAGACGCCGGCGACGCUGGAGAAUGUGAAGGACGAGACACCGGCGAAGCUGGAGAAUGUGAAGGACGAGACACCGGUGACGCUGGAGAAUGUGAAGGACGAGACGCCGGCGAAGCUGGAGAAUGUGAAGGUCGAGACGCCGGCGAAGCUGGAGAAUGUGAAGGACGAGACGCCGACGAAGCUGGAGAAUGUGAAGGACGAGACACCGGUGACGCUGGAGAAUGUGAAGGACGAGACGCCGGCGAAGCUGGAGAAUGUGAAGGACGAGACGCCGGCGAAGCUGGAGAAUGUGAAGGACGAGACGCCGGCGAAGCUGGAGAAUGUGAAGGACGAGACGCCGGCGACGUCAGGGAAGAAGCAGUGCCUCAUGGGAACGGACCCGAAGCAGACACAGAGGUAG